AUGGGAUCCUGUGCAACAUCAUCGACCAAGACACACCGCUUUCUUUCACAGAGGCAGAGAGUAGCGCAAACGUCUUCCGCGUUAAGCCCCGUCAUCUUUUUUUUCAGCAUGCCACUACUCACUGUGUUCCUCGCUCUUUUGGCAGCGCCUGCAGCCACGCAGGAGCCUCCUACUAAGUUCCAGGUUGAUCUCGUCUUCCCCCGAAAUGAGACAUACGUUCGAACCGCCUUUUUCCCCGUUGUAUAUGCUGUCCGGAAUUUUCAACUCGCCGACUCCCUGAACCUUGAGAUCUGGGGCGUUCUAGAGACAGACGGAAGUCGAAACUUCCAGGAAGGUGCAAGCGAUGAUUACACUCUGUGGCUCUUCCCUACAGGGUAUCUUGGGUUCAGUUUCGGGGGCGAGUCCCCAGAUGCUGAUCCCCUAUUCUUUAUCGAAUCGACGAAUUACCUUACCAACGGCACCGAUACGCACUUCCACGUCGAGUGGGAUGCGUCUCUUGACAAUUAUACCGACAGAUGGAUCUCGGGAAAGCAACGUCUCGAGUUCAGCAUCGCUCCGGAUGGGAAGGUGCCGGACAUCGCCGAAGCCAUCAGGAGCUGCGGUUACAAGUCCGUGGCCGUUGAUAUCCCCAAUGCCGAAGACUCUGUGAACAGACAUAGAGUCUUGAAGGACAUCGAACCGACAGACCAAUGUGGUACGCUGACUGACUACGCUGAUGAGGUGGCGGCAAAUGCAUCGAAGCUUUCACCUCCUGCGACAAUUGACGAAAGGCUACUUUCUCCAGCACCAGCCGUUAUCGCACCCAUAAUCGUAAUCCCAACCACUGCCACGACCCUGCCCUACGGGGCAGACCUCCCUUUUGUCGAAAAGGCUCUCUUCCCUUUUAGCGAGACUCUCAAGGCUGACUUUCUUCCCGACGGAGCUGUCAAGAUUUUCGUCGAUUUCGGCACCGUUCCUGAGAGGGCUGCCGAUGCCAAGCUCGGAGGGGUGCUUCUUGCAUUUUCGAAGUGCAGCCGUAUCCGUACCCUCUGGGAGGUCUUUGAGGUCCCAUUCCAUGACACCAAGGGCACCGCAUUCAGCUUCAACGGCGGCACGGUCAGCGCCAAUGGGUGUGCAAAGUGCUGGAGUGGCAAUCAAGCCAAGGAGGGAAACGAGAAGCUUCAUGGUGUAGAACUGCUCUGUUUGGAACUAUGGAUGAACUGA